AUGUCGACUUCCUUAGUCUGGAACAACCAAAAUGGGACCCUGGCCAUCGAUCGCAACAAUUUGCGAGACUUUUACGCCCAAAGCCUGCAGAACUACCUCCCCAGCGUUUGUUUCCUGGUAGAAGCCCACUGCGAGGUCAAUGAGAUUAUGAACUGCACCAUGAGUGCCUCCAUUAGACCUGGUGGUCAUCCCAGUUUGACGGAGACAGCGGGCGAUACCGUAUUAUCCUACAGCUAUAGCAACCAAAGCCAUGACGGGGCGGGCUUCAAUGAUCAGAUUGGCUCACUCACGAUUAGCACAAACUACAACAUGGAUAUCCAAUUCACUAACGCCAAUAACGAUGCAACUGUUCUCAUUACCCAGCAUCUAGUCCUCAACUACGACUCUGAAAUGCUCUCGGCCGAGGGUAGCGGGAACAUUAUUGACAAAACGAUCGUUGAAACUUAUACACUCACUGUUGAUGAGAGUGGUAUUCUGGGUACAACUGUUGACCCUGUGAUUACGGAUAAUUCAACUCCGUUUGAGAAUAGUGACUGGAACCCCUUUACUGGUUCCGAUGGGUUUAUCCAAGAACUUCGAAGUCAGGGAGACAGUCUUCAGCAAACUAGUAUGCUGAAUAUUCCUCUGUCCGAUAAGGCGACAUAUAGCUUCCCAGGGGGUCAGAACUCUACUUUCAAGAGCGUCCAAUUCUCAGACGAUCAGGACCUUGUUGCUUCUGUGGCCUAG